AUGGCUUUGGUAUUGUUGAUGGGUGUACCUGGUUCCGGUAAGACAUAUCUGAGUAGGGAAUUGAAAGCGAAACUUGGCGAUGGGAUUUGCGCCACUUUCUCAUACGAUGAUAUUUUCAAUGAUGAUGGUUUCAUGGAGUACAUGUGGGGUGCGGAAUGUAUCAAUAGAAGUAUAUUACAAUUAUAUGGUGUGGACGAAAGUACAAAUGCUCACAAUGAGCGGAAAAGAUGUGAAAAUCGAAUACGGGAAUUCUUGAAAGUUCAGCUAUCGAUUGAAGACACAGUGCCGCCGGUAACUGUGGUAGACGAUAUAUUUUACUUGAAAAGUAUGCGAAGGCCUUUCCGUAGAAUGUCGACAACGUAUCAUCUUCCAUAUCUAGUCGUCUUCGUAGAUGUACCAAUCACCACAGCUUUAACACGGAAUAUGCAACGUCCUGCAAAAUGUCGCAUUCCGGAAUCUACCAUCCGAAAAAUCCAUCAACAAAUGGAAUUACCAUCAAAAGACGACGGUGACUUCAUCAUCUAUCAAUCAACGGAUGAUUUGAAAUCAUUGGUUAAAUAUAUUGAUCAUAUUAGAUGGAAAACAAACCAAUGGUAUACUUCGAAUAAAGUAAAGUUGAUGAUAUCUGAAGGCAUGGAAAAAUCAUCGAAUAAUAAGAAAUGGAUGAAAUUAGAAAUUGACCUGAGAAGAUGUGUUAGUGAAUUAAUUCGAGAGAAAAACGUUAGCAAAGAUGGUAAUCUGUUAGCAAAAAUAAAGAAAAACAUUUAUUGGCAGAUGCGAACAAAGGAUGCAAUUAACUGGGAUAUGCAACAAUUAAAGGAUAUGCUGUGGAAAGAAUUUCAGGUUUGA